AUGGAAAAAAAACUAUCCUACUAUAGUUUGGAGCCCCACUUGCGCAAUGUUCGUUAUGGUGGAUAUUUCCAAAUAGAUCCAAACUCGCCAUCAAUGUCAAAAUGGUUGCAUAAGGUAUACAUGCGUAUUAUUUUAUUCCUGACGCUUGGUUUUACAUCACAACAAAUUCUAAAAGUGUAUGAAGUUCGGGAUGACUUAGAUACUGUUAUGGCCACGAUGUUCUUGUUACUGACGCACUUUGAUUCUAUAUACAAAGAAGUUGUAAUGAUGGUAAAAGCGGAUCAAGUUCAAGAACUUUUGGAAAUAAUGAAAGGUCAACUAUUUAAUCAGCCAGAAGACGAGCACAAAAAGUUACUCCUGCAAACUGCAAGGAAAGCAAAAAUGUUAUUAUAUUUAUUCAACUGUACAGCUCUUAUAACUUGUUUUCUCUGGGUUUUAUAUCCACUUGUUUUAUUCCUGCAAGGGAAGCAUGUUGAAUUUGCUAUAUGGCUACCUUUCGAUGUUAAUGAAAGCCCACAGUUUUUUAUCGCGUUACUAUAUGUUUGGAUUCAGACGUCUUGGCUUGCUUUCAAUAACACAACCAUGGAUGUUUUGAUCGCGUUUUUCUUAGGACAGUGUACUACGCAAUUAAAUAUUUUAAGAUAUGACUUAGAAAAUUUCGUCCAGAUGUGUAAAAACAAGUCCAAAGUCUCGGGAGAAUCGUAUAAAAUUGUACUUCAUACAAAAUUUAAGAAAAUUCUAUUUCAUCAUAAUGAAAUAAUCACUUUUUAUGAAAAAGUUGAAGAUAUAUAUGGCGGAGCCAUAUUUUGUCAGUUUUUAUUCAGUGGAUGGAUACUUUGUACUACUGCAUACAGAUUAGUCGGGAUUGAAAUGCUUUCCAUAGAAUUCCUUUCAAUGGUUUUAUAUCUAUCUUGCAUGUUGGUAGAACUUUUCCUUUUUUGUUUCUAUGGCAGCGAAGUAACGCACGCGAGUGAGAAACUAAUGGAAUCAGCAUAUUUUAUGAACUGGUUAGAGACACCCAUACAACAUCGUAAAAAUCUAAUUUUGUUUAUGGAGAGAUUAAAGAAGCCUAUACUGCCCAAGGCAGCAAUAAUUGUACCACUUUCUAACACCACUUUUAUUUCGAUAGUUCGAAGCUCGUAUACGUUUUAUGCAUUUUUGAAAAACACACAAUAA